UUCCGCAUGUUUGUGUAACAAGAGUCGGUAACGACGUCUCCGUUCUAUAAAACACACUCGCUGACUAUUUUCCGGCUUCUUUCCGAGACGUCGCGUCGCGUCCUGCGUGACGAUGACGUCGCCUGGCGUCCUCCCGGGCCCCCGCCUUCGUGUCCGCAUCUCCUCGGCUCUCCUCCGGCAUCUUGGUCCCGGGCCUGGCCGCCCACUGAUGCCGUGAUGCGGGGUAAGACUGUCCGCCAGUGAUGCCGUGAUCUCCGGGGGAAGAGAGAGAGAGAGAAGGCAGCAUGGUUCGCAUCGCCAGCGCGUUAGGUCUGAUCAUGUUCAGCCUGGCGCUGCUCGUCCUGUCCUUCAUCAGCUAUGUGUCCAUCAAGAAGGACUUCCUGCUCGGACCUCACGGGGCACCCAGGAUGUACAUGUUCCACGCUGGCUAUCGUGAAAGGCCGCCUCGCAAACCUGACCUGAGCUCCCAGCUGGCACUCAAGCAUCUGGAUCCAGCUUUCACGCCUCUCGUCGACGCUCUUAGCGAGGACCUGCAGAACUCCUCUAAAUGGAAGUAUAACAGCACAGCUUUCAUCCAACAGAGGAAGGAGAUCUCUCAGUACAUCGACAUCCCUCACAACUUCUCCCUGACACACAACUCAGUCCGCAUCGGCCAGCUGAUGCACUACGACUACUCCAGCCACAAAUACGUCUACGCCAUCGGCGAGAACUUCCGCUCUCUCCUCCCGGAGGUUUCGCCCGUUCUUAACAAGCACUACAACGUCUGCGCCAUCGUGGGCAACAGCGGCAUCCUAACCGGCUCGCGAUGCGGCGCCCAGAUUGAGAAGUUCGACUUUGUCUUCCGCUGCAACUUUGCCCCCACAGAGCUAUUUAAGAAGGAUGUUGGGCGGCGCACCAACAUGACCACUUUUAACCCCAGUAUCUUAGAAAAAUAUUACAACAACUUAUUGACGGUGCAGGACAGGAAUAACUUCUUCCUGAGCUUGAAGAAGCUGGACGGUGCCAUUCUGUGGAUCCCGGCGUUCUUCUUCCACACGUCAGCCACUGUGACCAGGACACUGGUGGACUUCUUCGUGGAACAUCGGGGUCAGCUGAAGGUCCAGCUGGCCUGGCCCGGAAACAUCAUGCAGCACAUAAACAACUACUGGAAAACCAAACAACUGUCGCCGAAGCGCCUGAGCACCGGGAUCCUGAUGUACACGCUGGCGUCUUCGGUCUGCGACCAGAUCCACCUGUACGGAUUCUGGCCCUUCGGGUGGGACCCCAACACGGGGAGGGAGCUGCCGUACCAUUACUACGACAAGAAGGGCACCAAGUUCACCACCAAAUGGCAGGAAGCACAUCAGCUCCCCGCCGAGUUCAAACUCCUCUAUAAGAUGCACACCGAGGGACUGCUGAAGCUCAGCCUCUCCCACUGCGCUUAGACCUGAGACCGCAGCGGCGGAUGGACUAUCUGGCUUGCGAUCUUCCAUGGGGUUGGGUCACUAAUGCGUGUGCUUUUCACAACAGUGUGACCUUGGCGGUAAGGUUUACUGUUUUAGCACAAGAUGGCUGUUUCCCAAAGCUGUCAAGCUGAGUCAGUCAGUCCAGGCACACAAGAACCGCAGCUCUUCAGCAACCAGGUAUGUUGCCUGAUGGUGUCUUAAUGUUGACACGACAACCUACCCUAAAAACUACAGAGCAUGGUCUUUUUGGUCAAAUGUCGGACUUAAAGGACCAUUCCGUCCAAUAUCGCUUCUUGUAACUUGCUCAAAGUGAACUUACCGUAUUAUUCGGACCACAGGGCGCAUUAAAAGGGUCAUGUUAUGAUUGUUUUCUAAAUUUUAAACAUUUUCUUGUGGUCUACAUCAGUGUUUUUCAACCUUUUUUUGAGCAAAAGCACAUUUUUUGCGUUGCAAAAAUCCGGAGGCACACCACCAGCAGAAAUCAUGGAAAAACAAAACUCAGUUGACAGUAAUAAGUCGUUGUCGCAAUUGUUGGAUAUGACUUCAAACCAUAACCAACCAUGCAUGACAUUGUUGAUUGUCAUGUCAUGUUGGGAUGUACUUUGUGGACGCCGUCUUUGCUCCACAGUAAGUCUUUGCUGUCGUCCAGCAUUCUGUUUUUGUUUACUUUGUCGCCAGUUCAGUUUUAGUUUCGUUCUGCAUAGCCUUCCCGAAGCUUCAAUGCCUUUUCUUAGGGGAACUCACCUUUUGUUUAUUUUUAGUUUAAACAUUAGAUACCUUUUUACCUGCACACUGCCUCCAGCUGUUUCCGACAUCUACAAAGCAAUUAGCUAGCGGCUGCCACCUACUGAUAUGGAAGAGUAUUACACGGUUACUCUGCCCAGCUCUAGACAGCACCGGCACUCAACAACAACAACACAUCAUUUGCAGACUAUAAUUACUGGAUUGCAAAAUAUAUUUUUAAGCCAGAUAGGUGAAAUUAGCUCUGUGGUUGACAAACACUGGUCUACAUAGCAUGUAAUGGUGGUUCUUUGGUGAAAGUGUUGCAUAGAUUAUGUUUUGCAGACCAUCUUCAAGUAGCUUUCUGAGCGUCUUUUCGGGAUGUGCCGUUCUGUGGGCGAUUUUACCUACGUGGCUCACUUUUGACAGUCUUUUCUCCGUCAUCUUUGUUGUAGCGGUGUAGCGUGCAAGGACGGGAGUGGAAGAAGUGUCAAAAGAUGGAGCUUACUGUUUUAACGACAUUCAGACUUUACUUAAAUCAAUAACGAAGCAAAAUCUUCUCAUCCGUGGCUCACUAGUGCAACAACAACACCCGAAAUGUGUUCCAUGAAAAAUCGUCCGCUUUGAUAGCGAGUCUACUGACAAAUAUAAGUAAGACCUUUACGCUACUUUAUAUUAUAAAUGGCAACCACGAAAGAUGAAUGCCACAUUAGAAGGUAGAGAAAAAGAAGAAGCUUAUGACUAUGGUGUCGGCACGGACUACAAUGGCAGAAACACACACAUUUUCAGGACUUAUGCAGAUCCCAAAAACAGAUCAGCAGGUACCAGAAAGUAAGAAAAGUUGGUUUUGCAUAAUCUGUGCCAUUUUGCUGUCCUUAUACACACACACUAUAAUAAUACUCGUAUGUUUAAUGCGCCGACAAUCCAUCAAGCGGUGCGGCUUCAUAGCUUACAGAAGUCAUACUAAAAACAUUUUGACAGAUUUUUGAGCGCCGUGUGUAAUGUUCUAUAUUCUCAAUGGAACAAUUAAAGUGUUAGUGUUGUUUACUGGCGUCAUCUUGCAGUCUACAUGUAUCCCUUAUGUAAGACUGCCAUCUGCUGGUCACACUUAUCCUUACACAUUGUGCCAAAUAAAAUUGCUUCAAGGUCGGUAAGCACAACCAGAAUUAUGCUGUACUUUAGGCGCACCGGGUUAUAAGGCGCACUGUCGAUUUUCGAGAAAAUUAAAGUAUUUUAAGCGCGUUUUAUAAUCCCAAAAAUUGUAUUUCUUUUUCCAGCUGAUAAGACACAAAGGGCCUGAUAUAUUUUUAUCUAAAUCAACAGCAUGCUCAAACUAUAGGGCAUGAAAAAGUGUGCAUAGUAAAUACAAUUCUUUGUGGGUCUUGCGGGCCUCUAAAUAACUUAUCUGAAUGCAAGACUAUUGUGCUAAAGUUUGGUUAUUUUUUUAACAAGUUCCUAACAUGGCGCAAAUGGGAAACAUCAUCAACUGCUUCAGGCGAAAUAAAAACGAUUUGGUGAGAUUUUUCACAUUCCCAGCAGUGGGACUUGGGUUAGUGCGCUAAUUUCUGAGAUGGCGAAUAUUCAUGACAUCAUUAAGUCCAACGGACCAACCUCUGUUGUUUCUGUUGUGGAAUAUGUAGCCCACAGCACCGUUUCAGAGCGAUCUACUGUAGAAAUGCGGUCUAGACAAAAUACCCUUCUUUAACCUCUUAAGGCCCAAGCUGUUUGUUUACAUGUUUUUCUUUAUUUCUCUUUGCUAUUUGGGCUUAUUGGACCCUAAUUAGAAUAAAAACUAAAAAUCAUUGUUUUAUAUUAUGUACUUAGUCCAUAAGUACACAAAUGUGUACUUCAUGUAAAGUGACAUUAUUUUUACACUUUUGUUUUCCAAAUUCCAUUGUAUGUUUUACUUUUCUGACACCAGCAGAUGGCAGUAUAAGUGUCCAUUUGUCGGCAUAAGGCCCCAAUUCAGUAGUGAACACAAUUUUGGAAAUAAAAGCUAAAAAAUUGCUGUCCACGCAUGUGGCCACUAAGGCCUUUAGAGGUUAAACACGCCGAAGGUGGAACUGUGGAAGGUGCCUAUGUUGCUAUGGUGAGACUAAAAUAAUCCAGAAAUGCACGUAGGAAUGCGUUAAAAAAAAAAGACACAUAAGAUAUAUUAAUAAUGUAUUAUCUCCUAUAACAGGACUGAGCAAUUAUUUUGACUUGAGGGGCCAAAUUUAGAAAAAAAAAACUGUCUGGGGGCCCUUAUAUCUAUUUUUAGGAACAAAACCUCACAAUAAUGUCUGAUUGAAUGCUAACAACGCUAUCACAAACCGCCUUAAAACUGAAUGGAAUUUUACAUUUUUUUACUGAAUGAGACACCCAGAAUGUACAUGAAAUUAAAGAAUGUGGAUUUAAACUAUAAACUAUGACCGAUAAAACACUGAAUAUUGUUAACAUUUGAAUGUCACACCCCCUCUCCAUCCACGUAUUUUACAAUCAAAAUGCAACAAACACAGCCAAAUAUGAAGGCGAAGUGAAAAAAGUAAUUAAGUACGUACAAUCUGAUAUAUCUGAUAUAUUACUAAGCUUAAGAACUUUGUUGUAAAAAUGCAUUUCAGGCCGGCCACUCCGGAAACACUCGGUGGAAACGCUCCCCACCCACACUACUUGGUGCCUCGUCUGAGCUGCUGUGACUUACAUUACCAUAGUAACUAAUUAGAUGACCAUAGUAACUAAUUAGAUGACCAGAGUAACUAAUUAGAUGACCAUAGUAACUAGUAUAUCAUGCGAAAGUGCAGAUUCCAACCAUUGAAAUACUUAGUAUAAUUGAAGACUCACGCUCAUUUGAAAAAAAUCACUGCAAGAUCUAAAAAAUAUAUUUGGGAAUGUCAGGCAGGCCAGAUUGAAAAGCUUAAUUUGCCAAGGUCUGUCCUGUAUGAAAGUGAACUAACCAAAAAAAGCUCCAGCAGACGCAGCAUUGGUAUUUUUUUUUAACCAGCUCCUUAAGUCAUCCAGAAGAUAUACAAUUAUAAAAUGAUGUUGCUGAAUCGACUAUAUGUCUUAUGUUUAAUCUCUGACAAGUAUUUUGGCGAACACACACGAAGGACAGAGGAUUUUCUGCUCGUCUUUGCAGCCAUUUGUGGCCGCAAAACAGUUUUCAGUCUUGAUAAAUCACAUUGCGAGCGCUAAAUGAUUAUAUUUGCAUCUCUUCCUCCAAGUAUUGUGGGCUUUCUAAUAAUCAAGUAAAUAUUCUGCAUAUGCUUUAAGGCAAAUUACGUUCGCGCUCUCUAUUUUGCUUGUUUAAGAAGUGAAGUGAAUUUGUGAAUUAUAUUUAUAUAGCGCUUUUCUCUAGUGACUCAAAGCGCUUUACAUAGUAAAACCCACUAUCUAAGUUACAUUUUAAACUAAUCUGGGUGGCACUGGGAGCAGGUGGGUAAAGUUUCUUGCCCAAGGACACAACGGCAGUGACUAGGAUGGCGGAAGCGGGAAUCGAACCUCCAACCCUCAAGUUGCUGGCACGGCCGCUCUACCAACCGAGCCAUACCGCCCCAAGAGACACAAGCUUAGCAGAUCAGCUUAGUGUGCUAUCAAGUUUGCACAUGUUUUAAUACACGCAAACCUUUACUCGACCAGUCCCUUAUUGAACUAAAAUAUGUAUUAGCCCAUCUCAGGCAAUUACAUAUAUUUUUUUGACAAAUGCGAGUAACAGGACUGAAAAAAACAGGAGUGAGUUUUCAGGUUUUAAUGAGCAAAUGUGUGAAAUAUAGCAUGUAUUCUAGCUAAUAGGUUGACUCUGCAGUGAGUCAACAAAAACACUAAAUAAACAAAAGAUAACAUCGAUAACAGGACUGUGCGGAGAUUUUACCCAUAGUUCAAAAUACCCAAUAUACCGAAAAAUAAAUCUUUGCCCUUUUUUUUUAUAGCUCAUAGAGGAUUUAAAUGAUGCAACUUCCUGUAGAUCUUGUGAAUUGUUUUCAGUUGUGGUAGUAAAAUGUUAGCUUCACAGGACUGAGUGCAAACCCAAGGGGGAAUUUUAAUUCAAUUUUUUUUGUUUUUUUGCAGGAAUUAAAAGUACAUUGCAGUUGGAAUAAGGAAUAUUACAUUUCUGAAGGAUUUGAGUGAUUAUAUUUAAUUGUAAUAUCUAUUUUUAGGAAGUGGGGAUAUGUACAGUAUUAUUUACAGUAUUACACAUACUCAUGUACCUCAGUUGGUGUUUCUGUGUUUAAAGAUAUUUAUCUUUUAUUUGCGCUGCUUUGAUGAUUUCCAUCGUAGCUUCUGGUAACUUUAGGUAAGGCUCCUCUUACCCAGCGUUGUAUUCUCCACAUUUCUUGGGAAAAAAAACAACCAAUUAAGAUUCCACUCAAGUUUUCCAGUCCACUGAAUUUGAAUGACAACAAAAACUCAAGUUGCAUAAAAAGACUUUGAACACAGUGGCUCUCGUGGUGCACGGCUUUAAUUAAUGGAACCCAAUUAAAGGUAUCGGGUUAAAGCCUGGUCAGCAUUGAGGUUGAAACCAGUGAAGUUGGCAAGUUGUGUAAAUUGUAAAUAAACAAAAUACAUUGA